AUGUAUAACACCAAGCCUAAUGUUUUAAUAAUUGACACAUUUUUAAUAAAUUUAUCGGUAACUGUGACGUUCUCGCAAGUGGACAAAGUGACGUAUGAAGGUGCUCAAGUAUGGCAGACGACGCUGCGGGGCGCCGAGGAUGUGCUUCUCAUCAAGAGACUCGUUGAUAACCAAGAUAUAUCAAUCUGGAACCUGCGUCCAACGAGGGCGGACUUCCUAGUGCGCGCUCAGCAUAAGGUGAAGGUAUACCGACAGAUGACUGCCCGUAACCUGAGCCAUACUGUGCUCAUCAUGGACGUACAACGAAGGAUUGACACACAGCCGGUCGCGAAUGCGCUAUGGACAGAAAAUACACUGAGAAUCGGUCACCGCCUCUCCUGGAAGAAAUACCCGACUUUGAAUAUAAUUGAGGAGUAUUACAAUUUCUUAGCGGAAGACUAUUCUUCGAUAUGUAGAGUGCAAUCUAUUGGAACCACUGCCGAGAACAGAACAAUAAAGAUGAUCAACAUAACAAAUGGUAACCCUAACAACCAAAUAAUAUUAAUAACUGGAGGGCAACAUGCUCGUGAAUGGGCCUCCGUCACAUCAGCGCUAUAUGUACUGCAUAAUAUCAUCACCAAGUUUGAUAAGCAAAAGAGUUAUGUGAGAAACAAAAACUGGUUAAUCAUUCCAGUGGUGAACCCCGAUGGCUAUGUAUACUCUCACACAGUGGACAGGCUUUGGCGAAAGAAUCGGCGGAAAUUCAUGUACUGUGUAGGAGUCGAUGUCAACAGGAACUUUGAUACUGACUGGGGUAUCGCUGGCAUUACUGAAAAUAACGAGUGUAAGACAACUUAUUCCGGACCUUAUCCUUUUUCUGAAGCAGAAAGUGUGGCUUUACGUGACCUGAUAAAGUCGUUGGUUCCGAAACCCAUUGCCAUAGUGGAUUUUCAUUCAUAUGGCAAACUGAUUUUGUUCCCUUGGAGCGCAAGACCUCAGGCCACGCCGGACCUCCAGUUGCACCGGCAAACAGCUGACUUAAUGACCAAUUCAAUGUAUAAAUCAACGAAACAGAACUACACACUCGGAGCAACAUACCAUACAGUGUAUCCAGCCACAGGGACAUUCCUAGACUGGGCUUAUUCAACGGGGGUGGCCCACACCUACGUCAUCGAAAGCAGAGACAAAGGCGAACUAGGGUUUUUGUUACCACCUGAGGAAAUUGAAGAUACGGGGAAGGAACUGUAUGCUGCUGUGCGGGCCUUGGCUAAAACUAUCAAAUGUCAAGACGAGGCAAGUCAGAAUAAAAGUGACAAUGAAACUUGGUUCUGACGACAUAAUAGAUUAAUCUCCAAUAGGAUAUAUCUCAUAUGCUAUAAUUAGCAAUCUUCAGUUAUUUUUAGGUUUUACAAAUAUGGUUUACUAAAUAUUUUUUAAACUAUUAUAAUUCUUAGAGCAACGUAGGUUGUUGCUAUUUACUUCUUUGUUUAUGAAUUAACAACAUUUGACUAAUAAUAAAAAUUACUUUUAAUUGA